AUGCAGGCGCUGCUAGAUCAACUGCGACAGAUCAACGACACCGUCGGUUACGGAACUUGGGACCUCCUUUUGGCUGUAAGUACAUUAAAACAGCCGAAAAAUCUAUAACCGUUCAGUCACACGAAGAUCUAAAGCACGAGGUGGUUUAUCUGCGGAAACUGGAGCAAGAAAAAGAGGAAAAGGCGCAGGAAACGAUCAAAUCGCUUCAAAACGCCAAAAAAGAGCUAACCAGCAUCAAGAAUCAAGUUAACUCCCUGAAAAUCGAUUAUGCAGAUCAUAUCGAAUCGGUAAAAUCGCAAUUGGCCGCCAACGGACUCGAAAUGAACAAAGUGGUCCAAGUUUUCGAAAAAGUGCUCGCCGACGCGUUGAGCACUCAAAAAUCGCAAAUUCUCGCCGAAAUUCAGUCGAAUGGCACGAAAAGAUCGUUCGGAGAGCUCGAAAACGCUGUCCGACACGUUUUGGCGGUGCUGGAGCAGCAAAAAGGGACGCAGUUGAGGAGUAUGAUCGCGGCGGAGCUCGACGAGUUUUACGCAGAAGCCGUACAAGUUUUCCGGCUCGAAUUGUGGAAUUUGAUGCAAAGCAUGGAGUUGCCCAUGAAAAAGCCGGCAAAAAACGCGAGUUUACACGAAAAUCUGCAAAAAAUCUGUCAAUUCUCGUGCGAUUUGGACGUUGUGCACACGGGAAACUCGUCCGAAUCCAUUGCGAAUCUGAUUUCCGCCGCGUUCGGCCAACUCGUCAAUCUUUGUGUGGAUAUGGUCGAGAACGAGAAGGGCGACGCCGAUUUCGAAUGGAUUCUCAAGUGCGCCGACGAAUGGGCCGUGAAUCUGCGGGAUGUGCUCGCGGAGACGAUCGGAGAGCUCAACGUGGACGGAAAAGAGCGAGUGAGCGGCGUUUUCGAUGCGACAUUCGUGAAAUUCGUGCACACAAUCACCGAGACGUUUUUGACUAAGGUUUGUUGGUUUUUAUUGAAAAAUAAUCUACCAACCUUAUUUAUUGCAGAACGUCAAAAACCCGCUGCUCUUCUCGAAUGUCUGCUCCCUCCUCCGCUGCUUCGAAUCCACGUCAUCGUUCGAUCUGCUCGACGCGGACCUCUUCGAACCGCUCUAUUCUUCGCACUUCCUCAGCCGCUGGAUCUGCUUCGAAGUCGAGUUCUUCACGUAUUCGGCGUCGAAACUGCUCCAGAAUCCCGCGUGUUUCCGCCCUCUUCCGGCUCUUUCGAUCGGCUCCGCCCCCUCGAACAUCUGGGCUUCAGAAGUGACACUGUUCUUCGAAGAAUGGCUGAGCCGGGUGGAUAAAGACGUAUCGGUGCUGGGAAAUCUGGAGGCUCAAAAGACGUUCUACGAGACGCUGCACAUUUUGAUGCUCGAUUUGCGCUCCAGAAUCCGUGGAAUCGCGGGGAACCUUUAUUCGGGCGCUUCCUGGUCGAAUGACGUGUAUCUCGUGAUGAACACAAUCUGGGAACUGCGACGAAUCGUCGAGAAUCUGACACUCGCCUGGCCGAUUUCGUCGUUUGAAAUCGAAAAAGCGUACGAGAAAGAGUGGAAAAGACUUGGUAGUCUCAUCUCGGAGUAUUUGAAUGAUAUUGUCGAUUCGAUGGACAACGAAGUCCGAGCUCGGUACAUUCCGCCGGCGGAGAAGAAUCGAUUGAUUUCGGAGACGUUCGACCACAUCCACAAAUGUCUGCACAACGCCUCGUUCAAGGCGAGCAAACCGUCGCGGAGCCCGUUGAUUAACAUAUUGGUCGAAGAGUUGUUCAAGAAUUUGCAAGUUCGAUUCGAUCGCUGGAAGGAUCUGUGCAGGUAAGGAGAGGAGUUUUCAGGAGUGAUGCGCCUUUAAAAUUAUAUCACAGGUCCCUUUUUUCAGUUUUUUAACACGAUUUCGCGGCAGACAAAUUUAUAAAACAGCGCUAGUGAAACGAUCUUAAAGGUAGAGCGGUUCAAAAAUUGUGUUCGUGGCAAGACCCACAGGCCACGAAAUUGUGCUGCGCCUUUAGUGGUAGCGUACCUCGGUGUCGAAUUACGAGUGGGACAAAUUUAAAAAAAGCGAGUUUUCACUUGAAAAAUCGAACAAUUUUCUAGCGUGGAUGUGCUCUCGAACUUUUACGCGCAAAUCUACUCGAUCCUCCUGCCACAUCUCGACCAACUCCAAAAUUCGACAGCGUGGACACGUGGCGACGCGGCGCGCACCGAAAUCUGUAAUCUGGACGUUUUGAUGAAGAUGGCGGCGAACCGGGAUCCGUCGGGCGAGCUCGUGCGCACGGCGUUCCGAUCGAUCGACGAGGAGCAAGUGCUGAAAAUGCUCGGCGAGCUCGGAAUCCACGCGAGCAGCGACCACGCCUUCCAGGACUAUCAAAUACUCGCCGAGAACUGGAACACCAUCCGAGACCGGGGAUACGGAUACGGAAAUUGA